AUGUCCAUGUGGUGGUCGUUGGGGUGGUUGUGCAUAGUGGCGGCGGUCACGGGCGGCGUUAGUGGUGGCAGCGUGACUUACGAUGACAGGUCUCUGAUCAUCAACGGCCGGCGGCAGCUCUUGUUUUCUGGUUCAAUUCAUUAUCCUAGAAGCACCCCUGAUAUGUGGCCGUCUCUAAUCGCAAAAGCGAAACAAGGUGGCCUAGAUGUGAUCGAUACCUAUGUAUUUUGGAACCUUCAUGAGCCCGAACCGGGAAAGUAUGAUUUCAGUGGAAGACGUGAUAUAGUGAGCUUCAUCAAGCAAAUCCAAGCUCAAGGUCUCUACGUAUGCCUUCGGAUUGGGCCCUUUAUUGAGAGUGAAUGGUCUUAUGGAGGCCUACCAUUUUGGUUGCACGACGUCCCCAACAUUGUAUUUCGAUCUGACAAUGAACCAUUUAAGUUUUACAUGGAGAGUUUUACGACAAAAAUAGUGAAUAUGUUGAAAUCAGAGAACUUGUUUGCUUCACAAGAUGGUCCUAUAAUAAUUUCUCAGAUUGAAAACGAGUACCAGAAUGUAGAAAAAGCCUUCCAUGAGAAAGGGCCGCCAUACGUUAUUUGGGCGGCGAAGAUGGCGAAUGACCUCGGGACUGGUGUGCCAUGGGUGAUGUGCAAGCAAGACGAUGCUCCUGAUCCCAUGAUAAAUACAUGCAAUGGGAUGAGAUGUGGAGAGACAUUUGUUGGACCAAACUCGCCAAAUAAGCCAGCACUGUGGACUGAAAAUUGGACACAUUUCUAUGAUGUCUAUGGCAAUAUUACAAAAAUAAGAUCAGCAGAGGACAUUGCAUACAAUGUUGUGUUAUUCGUUCUUAAAAAGAAGGGCAGUUUCAUCAAUUACUAUAUGUAUCACGGAGGAACUAAUUUUGGGAGGAGCGCAUCAUCAUUUAUCAUAACAGCUUACUAUGAUCAAGCUCCCCUCGACGAGUAUGGUUUGAUAAGGCAGCCAAAAUGGGGUCAUCUGAAGGAACUACACGCUGCUAUAAAGCUAUGCUCAGAAACUCUGCUUUAUGGAGCACCAAGUAAUUUCUCUUUAGGUGCACUACAAGAGGCCUAUGUCUAUCACGGAGAUUCAGGAGCAUGUGCAGCCUUUCUUGUGAAUGCCGAUGGCAAAAAUGCCUUUGUCGAGUUUCAAAAUUCUACAUAUGAUCUGCCUCCGAAAUCAAUUAGCAUCUUGCCUGACUGCAAAACCGUAGUGUUUAACACUGCUAAGGUAAACACUCAAGUUAACACAAGAUCUAGGCAACCAACUAUGAAGUUUGAUUCUGUAGAAAAGUGGGAGGAAUACAAAGAAGUUAUUCCCACAUUUGAUGAUACUUCGAUUAGGUCCGAUGUAUUGUUAGAACAAAUGAAUACGACAAAAGAUGUAUCCGAUUAUCUAUGGUACACUGCCAGUCUUCAGCAAUCCGAGGGCUCAAAAUCUGUACUGAGCUUGAACUCAUUGGGACAUGUUUUACGCGCAUUUGUCAAUGGAGUACUUGUAGGUUCUGAACAUGGUUCGAAAAGUAAUCCAGGUUUCACACUAGAAACCAACAUCUCUUUAAAUAAUGGUGUGAACCACAUCUCGUUGCUGAGUGCAAUGGUUGGACUGCCGGAUUCGGGGGCUUUUCUUGAGCGUAGAGCUGCUGGAUUGCAAGCUGUCACCAUUCGAGAAAAUAAUAAACUUCACAAUUUGGCCAAGUAUUCUUGGGGAUAUGAGAUUGGAUUGCUGGGGGAGAGACUACAAAUUUACACAGAGAAAGGAUCAAGUAAUGUCCAAUGGAGAAGCCAUGAGCCCUCAUCUCAGCCGUUAACAUGGUACAAGACCAAUUUUGAUUCACCCGUGGGUACUGAUCCUGUUGCUAUAAACCUCGUCUCCAUGGGAAAAGGCGAAGCAUGGAUUAAUGGCCAAAGUAUUGGCCGGUAUUGGAUCUCAUUUCAUACGCCAGAUGGCUCUCCUUCACAAAUAUGGUACCAUAUACCAAGAUCUUUCCUCAAACCUACUGACAACCUGUUAGUCCUGUUUGAAGAAGAAUCUGGCAACCCUCUUGGUGUAUCAAUAGGCACAGUUUCGAUUACAAAAGUAUGUGGACAUGUGUCGGAUUCUAAUCCACCUCCCAUGAUUUCAUGGACAAAACAAACACUAAGCCAGAAUAAGGAGAAAAUGCAUUAUGGAAGAAGACCUAAAGUUCAGCUCAGUUGUCCUCCAAAAAGAAGCAUUUCCAAAAUUUUAUUUGCAAGUUUUGGAAGCCCUUCUGGUAACUGUGAAGGUUAUGCUGUUGGAAGUUGUCACUCAUCGAAUUCUACUGAUGUUGUGGAGAAGGCUUGCGUAGGAAAGAGGAGAUGCACCAUCCCUCAGUCAUAUCAAAAGUUUGGAGGCGACCCUUGUCCAGGAAUUCGUAAAGAUUUGUUGAUUGAAGCUCAAUGUGAAUGA